ACUAUUUUUCGGUCUCACUUUAUGUUAUUUCAUUUAUUUGUCGAUCAAGUACAUAAAAGAAGAAAGAAAAUUGGAAAAACAUAUAAUCUUGAGAAAAGUUUAAAAGGCUCAAAACGAUUGGUUGGAUUGGUGUCUCAAUUGGUGCGACUGCAGGGCGCUGAUCCUGUAGGAUUGCCCCCUGUGUUAGUUGCGGAGUUCUUAAGCCUUCAACUGGAAAAAUGAAGGCUCAUUCAACAAGCCGUUGUAUCUCUUUUAGAUCACUUCAACUACACGUUCCACCGGCUACUCUACUCCGGCGGAAACUUUUAUUCAAAAGACUCAAUUUCCACGUCAGCAUUUCAGUCCGUUGUUCGGCCGACGGUACCGAUAACUCCCCCGAGGUAAUUAACUCCUCCUCUACAAGACGUAAUGUACUGCUCAUGCCUUUACUUACAAUCGGAGCUUGUGCUCUCCGGUCGGCAGUGGCCAGAGCGGACGACAAGCCGCCGCCGGAGAGUACGCCGUCGACUCCGGUGACUACAGCGGAGGCUCCGCCGCCUGCUCCGGCGGUUAAGGCGGAGGAAAAGAAAGAGGAAGUGAUAAAUUCGAGGAUUUAUGAUUCGACGGUAAUAGGAGAGCCGUUGGCUUUGGGGAAGGACAAGAAGAAGGUGUGGGAGAAGCUCAUGAAUGCUCGGGUUGUGUAUUUAGGGGAAGCCGAGCAAGUUCCUACUCGAGAUGAUAAGGAAUUGGAGCUGGAGAUUGUGAAGAAUUUGAGGAAGAGAUGCGCUGAAGCAGAGCGACCCAUUUCGUUGGCUUUAGAAGCAUUUCCCUCUAAUUUACAACAACAGCUCAAUCAAUACAUGGCUAGAAGGAUUGAUGGAGAGAGUUUAAAAUCUUAUGUAGCACAUUGGCCAACUCAAUAUUGGCAGGAGUAUGAGCCCUUAUUGACUUAUUGCCGCGACAAUGGGGUUCGGCUGGUCGCAUGUGGUUUGCCUCUAGAGGUCCUACGAACAGUUCAAGCAGAAGGUAUUCAGGGGCUUUCAAAAGCUGAUCAUAAGAAAUAUGCUCCUCCAGCUGGUUCAGGUUUCAUCUCAGGCUUUACGUCCAUGUCACGCAGAUCAUCCAUUGAUGUAAAUCUGCUGAACCAGCCUACUCCUUUUGGACCAAGCUCGUAUCUCUCUGCACAAGCAAGAGUUGUUGAGGAGUACAAUAUGUCCCAGAUAGUUUUACAAGCAGUGGUGGAUGAUGGAGCAGCUGGUAUGUUUGUUGUUGUCACAGGUGCUACCCAUGUCAUGUAUGGAUCAAGAGGGACUGGAGUGCCUGCUAGAAUUUCAAGGAAGAUACAAAAGAAAAAUCAAAUUGUCGUACUACUUGACCCUGAAAGACAAUGGCUAAGGAGGGAGGGAGAAGUUCCUGUUGCUGAUUUCUUGUGGUACUCUGCAGCUAGACCUUGUAGCAGAAAUUGUUUUGAUCGUGCAGAAAUUGCCCGUGUGAUGAAUGCAGCUGGCAGGAGGCGAGAUGCCUUACCUCAGGAUCUUCAAAAUGGAUUAGAUCGUGGUCUGGUGUCUCCGGAAGUGCUGCAGAACUUUUUUGAUCUAGAGCAAUAUCCCUUCAUUUCAGAGUUAACUCAUCGCUUUCAGGGUUUUAGAGAGAGAUUGUUGGCCGAUCCUAAAUUUCUACAUCGAUUAGCUAUUGAAGAAAGUAUAUCAAUAACAACAACUCUCUUGGCACAGUAUGAGAAGCGUAGAGAAAAUUUCUUUGAAGAGCUUGAUUAUGUUAUUACAGACACUGCCAGGGGUAUAGUUGUGGAUUUUUUCACUGUGUGGCUUCCUGCUCCAACGAUUUCUUUCUUGCCAGUUGCUGAUGAUGUUGAUGCGCCUAAGAGUGUGGAAGCAUUGAAAGGCCUCCUGGGUUCUAUCCCAGAUAAUGCUUUUCAGAAAAGUCUUGUUGGGAAGGAUUGGAAUGUGAGCCACAGAGUUGCGUCUGUGUUUGUUGGUGGCCUUAAAUUGGCCGGUGUAGGAUUUAUUUCUAGCAUCGGCGCAGUGGCUUCAUCAAAUAUCUUGUAUGCAAUACGCAAAGCAUUAAAUCCGACCUUUACUACUGUCCAAAAGAACAAGCGGUCUCCAAUACUGAAAACAGCGCUUGUGUAUUCAUCAUUUCUUGGUACAUCGGCAAAUCUACGGUAUCAGGUUAUUGCAGGAUUAGUAGAACACAGGAUUGCAGAUCAAUUAGCGGACCAAACGUUACUUGUAAAUAUGCUAUCUUUUGUUGUUCGAACGAUCAACUCCUACUGGGGAACCCAGCAAUGGAUCGACCUCGCACGGCUUACAGGAUUGCAGGCUCAGAAGAGUGAGCAAGUUUCGGAUCUUGCUCCAGAUUCUGCAAAUCCUGCUGCCGUUGGUUGCAAUACACCAGAAGAUACCAAUAUUGACGAAAUCAACAAGCAAUAGUAACAGUGUCACUUCCUUAUCUUCUACUCUACUUUCUAGCAUAACUUGUAAGCAGCAGUUUUGAUUCUUUGCUGUAUAUUAUUCACCUUUAGCAUGUCAAUAUACACAUAGUUGAAACACACGUCCAAUAAAUCUUUUUGAUUCAGAGACUC